AUGAUUAAACAACGUUCAUCCAUAACAAGUGAUUUUAGCAAUGCUGAUGAUGAUGAACAAUCCAAUGUGGUUGCAUCAUCGGUUGAUAAAUUAAUUGAUCCUCAACAUUAUUUAUCUUCUUCAUCAUCAACAGUUCAAUCUCAUCGCACGAAUGGUAUUUCUUCCUAUGGUACUACUACUAAUAAUGAUAGUGUUGGUGGUGCUAGUUAUGAAUUUAAAUCAUCAUCACCAUUGAAUAUUGUGGAGGAACCUAAUCAUGGAAAGGAUGAUCAUCAUGAUGAAAGCAUUUCGGAACGUCAUGAUGAAAGUAAGGAGGAAUUUAAUUUACCAUUGCAUAAACCAUUGAUGAAUCAAUAUGGUUUGGGAAGUAGUUGUUGUGUUAGUACUACUUACUUGUUACAAAGUAUUGCUCCGAGAUCUAGCUGUAAAACUGAAUUAAUUCACGAGAAACAAAAGAGACAAUUAUGUGCCAAACAUUCAAUUAAUAAUUUAUUACAACAAAAGUUGGAAACUAACGAGUUUGAUAAAGUGGCUGAUUGUAUAUUCAAUACUGAGAGAGAAUUAUAUUAUGGAAGUUUUGAUAGUUCAUCAAGUAGAUUGAGUCGAUGGUUUAAAAAGAAGAGCAUGUCAAAUUAUCAUAAAAAGAAGAUUCUACUAUUGGGAAGUUUUGGAAAUUAUUCAUAUGAAGUUGUUGAAAGUAUACUGACACAGAAACAAAUGAAAUUACACAAUUUAAAACCAAGUGAAUUGAAUGAGAAUAAUUUAUCAAAUGAUUUGUGGAAUUUGAAAGAUCCCAAGAUGGUUGGCCUUCUUUUCAAUCAACAAUAUUAUGUACAGGUGGGUGGAGGAGGUUGUCUGCCAUUCUUUGCAUCAAAGAGACAGGUAGAGAGGAGACCUGCUUCUGGACAUUGGUGGGCAGUUGGUAAAAUCAUUCUCAAUGAAGAACGAGAAUUGUGGUUCAAUCAUGACAGUAAACUAAAAGAACCAUACGAAAUUGAAACCAUUGAAAAUGUUUACAAAUAUGUAUAUUCCCUUUGUAAAGAUAAUCAAGAUAUUUUAGUUUGGAAAGUAGAAGGAUAA